UAUAGCAAAGUGUGCACGUAUUUUCGUUCCAGCGCUUUAUACAUUUCAUUUCGACGCUUUCUAGUAAUACAAAAAUUUAAUAGUAACGAUUUCACAUGAAUACGAAUUGCAAAUUGCAAUUAUUUCGCAAUCAGUGAAUAAUAUUGGGUCUGAAUAAGCUUAAAAUAAGUGAAGAAGUGACGAAUACAUGCUAUAUAUACUCGCAGCAGUAAAUAUAAUUUGGAAUUGUAGAAAAGUGCCUUUUAUUUGUGUGUGCGCGGCCAUCGUACGAUGAAUCUUUGCUGGUGGAAGUGAACAACAAAAACACAGUAGCUUAUAAAAAGAGUGAAUGGUGCAAAUAAAAUAUAAAUUACGAAUGCGAAUUUAAGAAAAGAUUUGUGCUUAGUCGCAAAUACCAUUAAUAGUUGUAUGAAUUUAAUUAAACCUGCGCAAACUGUAAACUUUACUCGAGCCCUACUUAAGUAAGUUGCUCUUGUAUAUUUAAUUUUCCAAUCGGUUUUACAAUGCCAAGCUUGUGUUAACUGCUUCUACUUUUUGGCCGCAUUCGUAGUGUUUUUGGAUUACAUCUUCGCAUUACACUUCUCUGCUGCACGGAUUGCUUCAUAUUUUAGCAAUUGGCCUUUUGACUACCGCUGCCGACAGUGCCGUAGUAGCAGCAGUAUUUGAAGACGCUGUCUAUGCUUUGCAGCAAAAAGUUGACGUCAACGUCGCAGCCUUUGUUACCGUGAACGAUUUUAUGUGUCUUCUCUUGCGACGUUCAUUCAUAUGUGCAGACAUAAAAUUUGUGUUAAAGCAAAGAAAAGUCAGAAGCAUAAAAGUAACAUUGAACGAAUGUAUGAUAAAAAAUGUGUCUAAAAGAAAACAAAGAAAUUUUCUUUUUCUGCUUGGUAUUGUUUUUCUUUAAUGGGCGCAGCAAGUAAACGCACAUAACUACCACCAAUAUAAACAGCUAGCGGCACUGGAGCAACCGAGACAGCAAACACACCAAAGAGCCAGAAAUCGCUUUAAGACAAGUGUGUGUAUUGCUUUUGGCCCUCUACUAUUAUAACAUUGGCUUGUGAGUUUGUGUAUUUGGUUUUUGUUAUUGUUGACUGAUUCUUGGCUUCUUACUUCUGUUGGAGCUUCAUGCGGUUUCUGUGCAUAUGAGCAGUGCAGUGUGGCGCCGAAGCAUUGACCGCACUCGGUACAUUCACAUACAUACUAUAUGCAUUUAUAUCAGUAUACUGGACUCUACACACAUUUAAAGAAGUAAAAUUUACAAAGAAUUGCAAUAAAGUAAGAAAGCAUUGAAUAAGAAAACCGUAACAUAACGUGCAGAAAAAUUGUGAAAACGAUAAAAUAUACAAGUUCGUCUAUUUUUGCAAAAAUCCGAAAUGAAAAUCGUGAAAUUUUGUUUGUGUGUAUAUGAAAAUUCUUAGUAUAAAGUGAAAAAGAAAAGUGAGCGCAGAAAAUAUCACCUCAUCGCAUCCGUCAAACGAUUGCAACAAUAACAAAAGUAACAGCAUAAACGGGAGCAACAAUUAAUAUACAUACGUUGAAAAAUUUGCUCCAAAGAAACCAAAAAUACAAAAAAAAAAGAAAUAAAAUAAAACACGUACUCGCGAACUGUUCAUAUUCGCUCAUUUGAUUCGUGUUUUUCGCAGUGCUAUCCAUCGUCGUCGUCGUCGUGGUCGUGGUUAUCGUCGCUGCGGUUAUUUUGCCGAUUUCGUUGUUAUUGUGGUCACAAUUUGAACAGAUUUUCUUGUGGAAAGUGUUAUUUUGGCGUAUUUUGGCAAUUGCGCUCCAAACGACUAGUGUGUUUCGAUUCGACGCCACGAGCGACAUCGCCUCGAAUAUUGCCAACGAAAGUGCCGGUCAGGCAAACAAGCAAAUCCAAAAAAAGCAUUAUAAUACGUGCAAUCUUCUUCCGAUAUUUGCAUUUGCACGCAAUUCGCCCCCCUAAAACCCUUUCUAUCGGAAAAAAGCUGUAUUAAUACAUUCUAUGCUAUUCGUCGCGUUUUCGCGCUGUUCCCUAUCACAAGUUUCGCGCAUUUGACAUUUGCCGAUUUGACGCAUCGCCACAUUCCUGCGGUCACACAGUGUUUGUUGGUUGAGUAGCGCUCGUGCAGUUCCAGUGCAAAGUGCUAAGCGAACAGGCAUUCAGGUGUUGAAAGGAUUUUUUUCAACAGUUGUGUCAGUUGGAUGCCGGUGGCCUAAUUGGAUAACGUGUUAUUUAGACAUAUUGCCUCGUUUUCGGAUAAAAACACACACAUUGAGUUUCAACAUAAAAAAACAGUGAACUUUUGCAGUGGCACCGGAAUUUGUGGAUUAUUGACAAAUGAUUCGAAAGCAUUAAAGCUUGAAACAUUUGUAAACCAAAAAACUAAUGUGCAAAACAAAACAAAAUGUGCUACAUAAGUCACUGUAAACGGAAAACAUUACUACUCGUAAAUUCAAGUGGCAAACUCUAAUACCACCUGAAGAAAACCCAAAUAAAUAUUGCUUUCAAAAAUCUAACCUCUAAAACCAACCUACUAAAGCCUAAGAACUAAAAAGUGAGACGAUGUCGACGAAAUUCUCAGCGCAUCCCGACUUGGCUAUCGAGCAACUGCAACGAGCCGAGUUGACGGCGCGUCAAAAUUCAAAUAAAUCGCACGCACAUCAUAGGCGGCAUCACUCGGCGGGAGCGGGCACUACGAGUGGCUCCAACACGCCCACUAAGUCAGCGAAAAAUGCUGCGAAACAACUCAAUUCCAACAGCGCCGCAGCUGAGCAGACCAACUUCAGUAGCACCGCACGAGCUGCUGAGCCCCAUGAGGCGCAUUUCAACGACGCCUUUCCGCGUCUAACGCCUGUGCGAACCUACAACACAACAACAAGCAGUCGCACACAACAACAUGUGGAUGCAUUGGAUAAUAAAUUCGCCUAUAACACGGAUGGUGUCGAUGUGAAUACGAUGGUUUUGGCUUAUAUCGAUGAUAUCGAUCUCAAUUGUGACGAUGAAGAAGACGAUGUUUACAUAACGAAUGCAAACAGUAGAUCGAGCAACACCAAAGACUGUGUAGACUGUACGCCGUCCACGACAUUACGGUGGUCAGCGGCCGCUGCAGCACAAGCAGCUACCGCACAAGAGCAAGCCGAGCAUGCUAGGUCGGUGGAUGAGCCGGAUUACUUGCAGCAUCGCUUCAGUCGAACGGCGGAGAACUGUAAUAGCCGGCAUCCACAGCUGCAACGCCACAGUGUUGAUUACUAUACCGCCGACCCGCGUGCCUCACCCAUACACGCCAUCAGCGAUGGUUGUGCCAGUGGUGUAAGUAGUGCUUUAAGUUCACCAUCAGCCAGCACAGUAUCCUCGCCACUCUCAACGCCGACAAGACUUGCGCCACACUAUCUACAACAAAACCAAAAUCAACCAAAUAGCAGUAAUUGCUGUCAAAAAUCGCUAGCCAGCGGUUGUUGUGGUGGCGGCAGCGGCAGCGGCGGCGUCGGCACAAGUGACAGUGAUAAAGCUUGCAAUCAUCAACAUCACCAUACACAGCAUCUCCAUCAUCAGCAUCACCAACACACAAUGACAUCAUCUACAUCGUUAAAGUCCACAUCUAAGGCAGCGGCGGCGGCAGCGGCAGCAGCAGCAGCUGCGGCGGCAUCGUCGUCGUCGUCAAGCGGAUGUAAAAAGUCACAGAAAUACGAUCCCCGACUACUAGGCCCGUCACGAUAUCGUCAACUAUUGCCAGUUGUGCUAUGCAUUCUGUCGUUCGCGAUCGUUUUUAGCAUAUUAAUUGUUUACAUGGAUACGACAGAGAUUCGUCAUAAACAAUUUCGACUGAAUAUGUCGCGCGAUUAUGAAUUCUUCGGCGUAGCACAAGAUGAUCCCACACUAAUAGCAUUCCUGCGCGAAAUCCAUAUGCGCAAAUAUCCCAUGCACUUCGUGAAGAAUGCGCCCAUCGAUGAUGCCACUGCGUCACCGGCGGUAGCGGCAGCGGCGGCCGCAGCAGCAGCGACUGCUGCAGCUGGUGUGGCGCGAUUAACUGCUGCCGCCAGCGGCGCUAUAACGACGCAUUUCAAUUUCAGUAAUCACUAUGAAGGUCUCACGGCCGAAAUGGCGCAUUACGUCGCCGAUCUGGUGGGUGGCAAAGAGAAUGGCGCCUUCAUACAGUCACUGCCCGGUGCGAUGGGUCAUCUCAUGACUGCACCAUGGCUGGCGGCAACAUUGAAUUGGGCGGGCUUGGUGGUGGAACCGGAACCGCGUCGUUUCUUUACAUUGCGCAAACAGAACGCGCAACGGCCGGGUCUGCAGGUGGUGCACGCAUGCAUAUCGCCCAAUCCGUAUCCCAAAGAGGUUACCAUACACAACGAAGAGUCGGAGGUGCGCAUCAAUAGUCUGCUGGAUGAGGAAACGUCGUGGUUCAAUUCGCGCGUCAAAUGCUUUCCAUUAUAUUCGCUAAUGUUAGCGUGCAAUCGUGUGACAUAUGAUCUGCUGAGUUUGGGCGUUCAUGGGCAUGAAUUGGAGAUCCUACAAACGCUACCUUUCGAUCGGGUACAAAUCGAGGUGAUAUCCAUACACCUAACAGAGGACAUAGCCAGAGGCUACGUAAACGAGCUAACCAAGUUCCUAGCGGGUAAAUCGUAUAAAUUACAAAAGACCUUCGGUCGCAAUUAUUUCUACCAACGAAUCAAAACGACGAGUCGAACACGAAAAAAAGAUAUACUAUUACUCAAAACGCCUUAAUUAGCAGCAACUGCGGUUGGUGUUGGCGGCCUUGCUGUGAACGAACCAACGAUUUGGGGAAAAUACCGUUAAAUAAGCUAUUGCCGCCGUUGCUAUUGCUAAAACAAAGCUAUUACUUUAAUAUACUUAAAAACACAAAAACAAAUAAAAUAAUUAUUAAUUAGUGCGCAAAAUUGCUGCGAAAUUAUGAAUAUAAAUAAGAAGAAGAAGAAGAAAAACCAACAAACGAGCAGCAAAAGACGUAAAUCGAAAAUUUUUUUUAGUAAACCAAAAGAAAAGCAAAGUAAUUAUAGCAAAAGCAAAAGCGCGUGCGUUAUUAAACUAUUGCAAACGACUUGAACGUGUGUUGCAAGGUUCUAAUAGUAAGCAAUGCGAAACGAUAUACAAAAACAAAAAUAAUAAAAAACACACAAAAUUUGCAAAGCACACAAAUUGCGUUAGGUGGUGCGUAGAGAAUGAAGGCGACGCGAGUCAUAAAUAAAUUAAAUGAAAAAUUAUCAACAGAAGCGCGCGCAUGCGCAGACGCACUUGAAAGCGUUGAAAGCGCGCAACAGUAAUUUCCUUAAACGACGCAGCUAUUUAUAGUGAACUAAGUAAGAAUUUUGUAUUUAUAACAAAUAAAGUGGAGUCUUCUCGUUUAGACGCUCCAAUUUUUUGCAAAACUGCACGCAACAUUUGCCUUCAUUCAGCGUUAAUUCAUUAUCAUUAUUGUUUCACGCGUAUGCAAAAACAAAAAAGAAUCGAGAAUUCAUCAAAAUUAUAGCAUUUUUGUUGUGUUUUCAAUCACUCUCACUAUUACUUUUAAUGGCUAGCUUUUAAGUUACAAAAUACAAAAACAGAAACAAAAAUGUAAAAAUGCAAAAAACGAGCAACAAUGUUUGCAAAGAAGUGAGCAGUAAGCGUAAUUAGCCAGAAAAAUCGAUAACGAUUACAAAUUGUCGCUGUUGUAUAAAUAAUAAUUAUAAUUUAAUUUAAUAAUUUAGUCUACUUUGCACACUUACCAUAGUUUAGUAUAUAAAAAUAAUUUAAUUAAAUGAAAGAAAAUGCUUUAUGAAAAUUUAAAUUAUUGCCUAAACGAGUUAAAUUGACGAGAAGUGAAGAAAAAAAACAAAAACAAAAGAAAAUAUGGUAUGUGAAUGAGAGUCUUAGAUUUUUGAUUAUAGCAAAAACAAAAACACAAAUGAAAAACUUUAAAUGUUAAAAUAGCAGUUACUGAAAUAAUAAUACAUGCAUAUACAAACAUAUGCUCUACAUAUGUGUAUAAAUAUAUAUAUUUAUAGAUUUAUGGUAAUGCACAUUUAAAUAACUGACUGUUUCGCUAUUAGUUUGUCAAAUUAUUGUUUAAAAAGUAGCCAAGCGACACUUUAUUCGCACACACACGAACACACACAACAUACACGAGGCUGCGUCGGCGAUUUUGUUGCGAAAUGUAUUUGCUUUAAAGCGCUGCGUGAGUUGCUAUAAUUUUAUAGAAAAAAAUCUGCUAUAAAAUGUGAGCUCCAAAUAACUAUGUGUUUGCGCGCUUACGCUUAAAAAUUAAUAUUACACAUAUAUUAUGUAACUUAGAGUAUUAACUUGAACGCAAAUGCAAUAGGCAGCUCCUAGUGAAAAGGAAAAAGCAUAUAUUUUUAUAAAUAAAAAAAUAAAUAUAUAUAUAUUUUUUCUUUUUAUAGUGAUUGCUUGCAGCGCUUUUGGUGCAGAAUAUAAUUUUGCACGCUAAAAUUGCGACAUAACCUCAAAUAUUAUACAUAAAUACACAGUACAGCAGGCAGCAAUGGAAAAGCGCGGGCAGCUAUGCAGCAAAUAGGCAGCUAAAAGAUAUAUUAAAUGUUAUAUACAAAGCACAUUUCACCAAUGUUUAGUAAACAAUUUAUAAAAAAGCGAACAGUGGGGAAAUUUGGUACUUUCAUGCAAAGCAUUAUGGCAGCAGCUACAGCAACAGUAUUAUAUGUAGUAAAAUAUAUAUUUUUUCGUUAUAUAUUCCGUCUGAAAAGCAGUUAUACUAUUUUUUUUGUUUUUUUCGAAGUUUUUAUGAAUGCUAUAAAUCAAAACAUAAAUAUUUUUUUGAAAAAAAAAGUUAAUAAAAAUAGUUCACAAUAUAUAAACGGUAUAUUUAAAUAAAAUUCUUAUAUUUUUUUCUUACGUUACAAUAAUAUAUACACGUUCUUUUUAGUUAAAAUCGAUUUUUGAAAUAAUUUUCGAAAGAAUAGCUAUCGAAAAAACUGAUUUGAAAAUAAAAAAAAAUCGCUUUAUCUUUUUUAAAUCAGUUUUUCGACUGCUAUUCAUUCGAAAACUAUUUCAAAACCCGACUCAAAAGAUAAAGUGAUUUUUUAUAUUUUAAAAUCAGCUUUUUCGACUUUUAUGCAUUCGAAAACUAUUUCAAAAACCGAUUUUAAUUAAAAAAAAACUUUAAAUUGACUGUAGCAAGGUCACGUUUUUUUUUUGCAAAAUAAUUAUAUGUAUUAUGUAACUUCAUAAUUAUGAUUUCGUUUCUGCCAAACCAUUUUUGUGCCUCUAAAUAUUUUUUUUUGAGCUUUUUUUAAUUUUUUCAUAGUGCUGGAUUUUUAAGUCAUUUAUAAACUACAAAAUUUACGCUAAACCAUAUAAUAUUAUUUAAAAGUUAACUAAAAUAAAAAAAAAACUGCAAUCCUCCUUAAAAAAUAUAUAAUUUGAACACUUUUUAUUACCGUUAUAUACAUUUUUUUGUUUAAAGCUAAAAAAUUUGCAACUACAAAACUUAAUAUUUGAAAACAUUAAGUGCCGUUAUACAAUUUUUUUUUCUCAUAACCUAAAAAAAUGCGGUCAAAAAGUUUUUUGUACGACUCGUAAUUCAAAAUUUUACCACUAAGCGUUAAAAAAAAAUAUGUUAACAAUAUAUACAACUAUUAAAAUUAAUACAGUUAAAGAAAAUAAAUAUUUGAAGCCGAAAUAGUUUACACGCAAAAUAAAAUUAACAAAACUCACACAAAAAGCCUAAAAAAAACAACAGUCAUAGCAAAAAAAUAUUUUUUAAAACAUAAAAGUGAAAACAAUUACAAAAACUGCUAGCGCGCCCAACUACACCUAUACAUAGCCAGUUAUCCACUUAUGAAAACCAAAAACAAAAAUCAAGCAAACAAAACAAUAAUAAAUACAAUUAUUGAAAAUCACAAAAGCCUCUCAGCACUCAAGCAACUCGUUACUUCUAUACAAAUAUAAACACAUACAAAUAAAUUAUAGAACUAUAAACUACCUUAAAAAAACUAGUUUUAAAAAGAACAGCUACCAUUUAAUGUUAAAAAUAAAUUACACUAAAAUAAUGAUAAUUGUUUAUGUUUUUUUUUUGUAUGUUUGUUUCAACUUUUGCUGCUGCGUGAAGCCGUACGAUAGUAUUUAUUAUUAAAAAUAUAUAUAAAUGUAUGUAAAUUAGUUUUGUAUCAUCGACAUUAACAUAACACAACAUUAACAUUACCAUUAUCAGUAUCUCAUUAACAGCAAGAGCAAACAGUUGAAUGAAAAUGUAAUGAAAAGCAUACAUAUUUAUUGUAUCAAUGCUAAUUAUUAUUGUAAUUAUAGAAAAUAUUAAAAAUACACAGCCAAACACACGCAUGCCUAGAUGGUAUACAUGUAUGCUUAGCAGAGCUUUAUAUGAGCAUUGUAUGCAUUUACGUGUGAUAUUGUGUGCUUAUAUUGAAAAUAAUUUUAUUAAAAAAGAAAAAUAAAUAAUAUAUAAGUGAUAAAAAUAAAUAAUGAAAAAGGAAAAAUAAAUAAUAAAUAAAUUAUAAAAAUAAAUAUUGAGAGCGAAAUGACAGUUACGUAAGCAAAUUAUUGCAAAUAAUUAAGGCUAAAGUAAAUUUUUUCUGUAUUUUUGUUGUCAUGGUUAUUAUUUGACUUUUUGUUAUUAUUUUUUUUUUAAUUGUUUUGUUUUUUGUUAUAAUUUUUUCUUUGAAUUUUUGUAAAUUUUUUUUAAUUUUUGUUAUUUUUUUUAAUUGUUUUGUUUUUUUUCUAAAACUUUUUUUUUUGUUAUUUUUUUUUGCUCUCACUUUGGUAGCUCUUUAGUUUCUUUAUAAAUAUAUGCAUAUGUAUAUGCAUUCUUUAUUUAACAUUAGCCUCAUUUCACUACGCGAGAUCAUAUGACUAAACGCUUCGAACAGCCGUGUCGCUUGCUUUGCACACAUAAAAAAAUUAAAAAUUCAAUUGAACAAAAAAAUAAAUUAAAAAUAAUAAUAAUAAAUAAAAAAAGUAAAUUAAAUUAAAUAAAAAAAUAUAUUAAUUUUAGUAAAAAAUUUAAAAAAUUUAAUUUAAAAUUAAAAAAAAAUAAAUUUGAAAAAAAAAUUAAACUUGAAUUUAACAAAUUAAAAAAACUUUAAUUUUAAUUAAAAAUAAAUUAAAUAAAAAUUAAAUUUCAAGUUAAUUAAAAACUUAAAUAAUAAUUAUGUAAAUUUGCAAAGAUUCUUGCCAGAAACGAGUGCUUAAAAAUUAAAUUAAACGAAAAACAAAGCGCAUUUAUUAAAUAUCUUUAUUUACUUAUAUUGUUUUUGAUAAAAUCAUAUUUUUUUUUUUUGAGAAAAUGUAUUUUUUUUAAUAAUAUUAAAAUUUAUUUUUGAUAAAAUGUUAAUUUUUUUUCGUUACAUAAUUUUUUUUGUUAACUGAUGCAUUUAAUUACUGAGUACAUAAGAAUAUUCAUAAACAUUUUCUAAAUUUUUUCUAAUUUCAAAGUGUUUUCUAAAUUCAAUUUUGUUUUUAAUAAAAAAUGUCUAACGUUUGACUUAAUAUUUAUUAAGAAAAGCACUCGUUUACAUGUUUAUAAAAAAAAAUGCUAGAUUUUCUGAAAAAAACAAAAUUAUAAAAAAAUUCUAAAUUUUCUGAAUGAAAUGAAAAGUUUUGUUAAAAACGAAUUCUGAAUUCUCAAAAAAAAAAAUAUAUAAAAAAAUCUGAGUUUUCUAAAAAAAUUACAGGUAAAUUCUAAAUUUUCUGAAAGAAAUAAAAAGUUUUAUAAAAAAACAAAUUUUGAAUUUUGAAAAAAAAAAUGCGAAAAAUAAUAAUAAAAUUUUCUAAAAAAAAUUAAAAGUUGUAUAAAAAACCAAUUCUGAAUGCAAAAAAAAAAUCUAGCAAAAAAUUUGAAUUUUAUGAAAAAAAUAGUUGGCAUUUAGAAAUGUAUUGUUUCAGAACUUUUUUUUUAACUUUUUUCAUAUUUUUUUCUGUAUUUAGUGCAAACGCGUGACGUGCAAAGCAAGCGAAAAAAACUGUCAUUUCGUUGUUUAUAAAAAUUAUGUAAUUCUAAUAAAAAGUAAAUAAGUAUAAAAUAAUAAAAAUAAAAAAUGAAAUAAAAGAAAUAAAAAAUAAAAAUAAAAAAAAUUAAAAUAAAAAAAUAAAAAUAGAAAAAAGAAAAUACAAAUACGAAAAUGUGUACAAAAAUAACAAUAUAAAAGUAUAUAAAAAAUAAAUUCAAAGAAAUAAAAAAUAAUACUAGAAAAAAAUAAAUAAAUAAAGAAAAAUAUGAAUACAAAAUAAAAUAAUAAUGAAAAGAAAGUAAUAAAAAGAAAUAUAAAAAUAACAAUCAAUAAAUAAUAAAAAUUAUAAAAAAUUAAAUCAAGGAAAUAAAAAAAAAAUUAUAAUAAUAAAAAAAUAAUAACAAAAAAAAAAAAAAUUAAAUAUUAAAUAUCAAAUAUAUAAAAAAAUAUUAAAUAUAUUAUAAGAAAAGAAAAAUAAAAAGAAUAAAUAAAUAUUUACAAUAAAAAAUAUAAUUAAAUAUAAAAUAUAUCUUAAAAGAAAAAGUAUAUAAAAUAAAAAAAUGAUAAUAAUAAAAAAAAAGAAAAUAAAUAAAUGAAUAUAAAAAUAAUAAAUAAAAAAUCAAAUCAAAGAAAUAAAAAAAUAAAUAAAUAUAAAAUAUAUUUAUUUGUGCAGUGCCCUUAAAUGCUUUAGUUCAAUGUUUUCCGCUCUUUAUACAACAACAUUUACUAUAUUUACCUUUUGCUCUAAGUAUUUAUAUAUAGAAAUAUGUUUAUAAAUAUUUUUGUCUAGGCUUAAGCUUAGCGUAAAUUUUUAAAAUAAGCCUAAAUUUAUAUGUCUAACUGUAAUUCGUAUUUAUAACGUCAAUAUGCUAUUUUCGUUUUUGUUAUUAAGUGCACACAUGCAUAUUAACUGUAAAUUUGCGCUGCUACUACAAGUCACAUCACGUCGAAACGCAUUAUUUUUGCUCAUAAAGACUUAUAUUAUUUUUUUUACUUUUAACUAUAGUUUACACACGACAAAAACAACGAAUUUUAUUUAAUUUUUCAUUGCAAGCAAGAAAACGAAAGAUAUUUAUAUAUAUUGUAAUGCAUUGAUAUGUGUUCCUUCAUCCGCCCAUAUACAAACAUACAAGCAUAAUGCAAAUGUCCAAAUAGCACAUUAAACAAAAACAACAAAAUUAAAAUUUUUUUUGGUAAAAAUUUAAGAAAAAGUCGCAGAGAAGCGAAGUAAAAUUGCUGGUUAAAGUGGAAAAGCAAAUUAUUGAAAAUUAUUGAAGUAGCAAACAGCAAAAAUGAAGAAAAAAUUAUUAUAUUUCACGAAACUCGUGCGUUAAACAAACAAAAAACCGCAGACUAAGCCGUUGGUCGCCUUAAAUAUU